CCUGAAGGUAUCUUUUUGAUAACAUGUGUUGCGCCAGACUACCUUCUCCUCCUUCUCCUUCUCCUCCCUCGUCUCGACCCUCUUCCUUAACGCUGAUCUACCUCGCCUACCUAUUCAGAGCCGAAUCCCUACGCCCACAUUGCGUCGACAUAUACCAUACCUCACGAGACCUCUCCCCGAUAACUUGUACUCAGGCACACGAGGCAUAAUGACCUUGUGAGAGGCCCUCGGUUGUAGGAAUAGCACAGCCACCACGCACACAAGCAUGAACAACAUACUAUCUUAUUUGCGCAUUCCUAUGUUCAUAUCCUCGAGCAUCGCCGCAGUUCUGAGUGGUGUACUUUAUUUCAAACAAAAUGAACUCAUAUAUCCACGCGACAUUCCUUCCGGCUGCCGUGCAAAUGUACCAAAGCCAUCCCAAUUCGGUAUUACGGAUUUCGAAGAGCUUAUGAUCCCAACACCGGACGGCGAGAGUCUCAACGCUUUCCUCAUUCGGCCCUCGAACAAAUCGCAUGCGAGGAAGGUCACCAUACUGAUGUUCCAUGGUAACGCUGGCAACAUUGGCUAUCGUCUACCGAUUGCCAAGGUGCUGGAGGAAGACCUUGGGUGUAAUGUGUUGAUGCUUCAGUAUCGUGGCUAUGGCCUAAGUACGGGCACACCAAAUGAGAAGGGGCUCACAAUCGAUGCGCAGACAGGUUUGGAUUACAUCCGCGAAAGAGCGGAGCUUUGUAAUACCAAAAUCAUCAUAUAUGGACAGAGUCUCGGCGGUGCUGUGAGCAUUGGCUUGGUCGCAAGGAACUUGGAGCAGAAAGACAUCGCAGGUCUCAUCCUUGAGAACACGUUCCUGAGUAUGCGAAAACUUAUUCCUAGUGCAUUCCCUCCGGCUCGCUUCCUUGCCAUCCUCUGUCACCAGAUCUGGCCAAGUGACGAGAUGAUUUCACGAAUCACAGAUGUCCCCAUUCUGUUCCUCAGCGGCGAGCAGGAUGAGAUCGUUCCAGCAUACCACAUGAAACAGCUUUACAACCUGAGCAGAACCAAACGGAGAAUCAUGCGCACCUUUCCCAAUGGAACACAUAAUGAUACUGUCGCUGAACCGGAGUAUUUCCAAUUCAUAGAAGAUUUCAUCAACACUUACAUCGCCAAUCGCGCACCUACUUCGUACCGGAGACGCAUGAGUAAGAGAUGAACAAGGCAGAACCUCUGCAGCUUACACAUAUACACAUGCCUAUCUACUCUUGGAUCUACGCAUUAUAAUGUAACCCAUAUACUGAUACUGGGUGAACCCUAGGUCGAUGGCAGUUCAUAAUCAUGCGACGAGAAGUGGGCAGG